UUGGCUCACUUGUCUCAGACAGGCCUACUGGAACUUUUCUGCAGGGAUGGAUCAGUGCAUGGUGCUACUUUGUCUGUUUGUGUUCCAGGUUGUUGCUGUGGUGAAAGGCAGGGAAAAGGAAUGGAUUCUCCCCACAAUCGAACUGAUAGAGGGGAAGAAUUACACUAGUUGGGAAAAGGUUGCAAAGAUUCGGUCCGAUUGGGCUGAUAAAAUACCUAUUGAUUACUCUCUGGAGGGUGUUGGUGUAAACAAGCCUCCCUACCAUGUGUUUGAUGUAAAUAAAGAUAAUGGAUAUGUUCGUUUGACCAAAAUUCUGGACAGAGAGGAAAUUGACACUUACAAUCUGCUUGGUAUUGCUAAAACCAAAGAUGGCACAGAAAAGGAGAAGAGGAUUGGCUUGAAAUUCAAGGUUAUAGAUGUGAACGACAAUCCACCAGUGUUUAAAAUCAUGAAGGCAGGGAGUGUGAAGGAGCUCAGCGCUGCAGAUACAGUUGUGAUGAAGUUAAACGCAACCGAUCGUGAUGAACCAGGGAACAUAAACUCUCAGAUCGCCUACAGCAUUCUCAGUCAGAGUCCAGCCAACAUGUUCUAUGUUACCAAAGAUGGGACUGUGUGUGUCAAAUCGGGUUCUCUGGACAGAGAGACACAUGCCAGCUACGUUCUGACGGUGAUAGGUAGUGACUUGAAUGGCCAACCAGGAGGAAACACCGGCACCGGCACUGUGACCAUCAACAUCGAAGACGUGAAUGACAACGCUCCCACUCUGGAAUUUGCGACGUAUGAGGGCAGCAUUGAAGAAAACACACAAAAUGUGGAAGUGAUGAGAUUUAAAGCAACGGAUCUGGAUCUAAAGUACUCAGAAAACUGGGAAGCAGUGUAUGACAUUGUGAAAGGCAAUGAAGCUGGGUACUUCAAGAUGACCACAGAUGCAAAAACCAACGAGGGAAUCCUGCACCUGGUUAAGUCAAUCAAUUAUGAAGCCAUGAAGAGCCUUGAUCUUGGAAUACUUGUGAGAAACAAGGUGGCACUGUAUCAGUCUACAUCAACCACCAAAUUUAUUACCUAUCCACUCAAAAUCAAUGUGAAGAACCAGCCUGAGGGUCCAUAUUUCGCCCCCAAAACAAAAACAUUCUCUCUCUCAGAGGGCGGCUCUGUCAAGAUUAAUGAAAUAAUCGGAUACUACAUUGCAACAGACGAAGACACUCAGAAAGCAGCGGUGAAUGUCACGUAUGUGAAAGGCUCAGACCCUGACAACUGGCUAAGCAUCGAUUCAAAAACAGCUGAGAUCAAACUGAACAAGAUCCCUGACAGAGAAUCAAAGUACCUGAAAAAUGGGACUUAUAAAGCUGAAGUGUUAUGCAUUACUGAUGACAUGCCCCGCAAAACAGCCACUGGCACUGUAGCCAUCCAGGUAGAAGAUUUCAAUGACCACUGUCCGACCCUGACUGCAAACAUUCAGACAAUGUGUAUCCCAGCGGAUUCUAUUAUUGUCAAUGCUAAAGAUGAGGAUUUGUCUCCUAAUGGAGCCCCUUUUACCUUUCAAAUCAUCCCAGAAGGAACUGAGGGUAAAUGGAGGUUGGAGUAUUUGAAUGACACUGCAGCUAUCCUAAGGGCUCAGGAGGAAAUGUGGCCUAAAGUCCGUCGGGUGAAAUUUCUGGUGAAGGAUGCACAGGGACUGGCCUGUCCAGAACCACAGGAAGUAGACGUUCAAGUUUGUACCUGUGAGGAUGGAAAGAUAUGUGGGAAAAAAGGAGUCUGGCCUAAUAAACAAACAGGACUUGGACCUGGAGGCAUUGGACUGCUAUUACUUGGACUGCUGCUGUUACUAUUGAUUCCUCUACUGCUGCUCCUGUGCCAAUGUGGAGCAGCUGCUGGUAAACCAGACUUUGUACAAAUGCCUUUUGAAACCAAGCAACAACUCAUCAACGACCACACUGAGGGCCAGGGAGAUAACACGGAGGUGCCAAUUAUUAACAUCCCAACACCAGUGAAGCCAGAUCCAACACCCGGCAUCAAGCUAGUACCGGUCCCAGAUCCAGGCUUGGGUUUCCGCCCAUAUGAAAUUGAUGUGAUUAAGGCUGACUAUGAGGGAAGAUAUAACAUAGGAGCGGCACAGGACGUGAUAGAUGGGCACUUUGUAGAUGGCUUUAGGUCUGAAAUCGAUGGCAGAGAAGUAAGAGUACGUGGAGGACUUUUUGAUGGCAUGGCGCUGUCAGGCCGCAUCCUUGCAGACUACUAUUCUCAGAAGCUGGCCAGUGGAAAUGAGAACCUUGGAGUUAAGGAUGGCUUUUUGGUUUUUGACUACGAGGGCCAGGGCUCCCCUGCUGGCUCAGUGGCUAGUCUCAGCAACCUGGGGUCUGACAAAGACCUGCGAUUUCUUGAUGACCUUGAGCCAAAGUUCAAGACCCUGGCUAGGAUUUGCAGUGGCAAGAUGAUCCAAACUGAAGUCAAACAAGUGGUCUCUCCUACUCAGACUUCACUAUCAAGUUUAGUGACUACCCAGACACUGCCCCCUCUACCCCAGCUGCUGCCAACUAUCCCCAACGCAGACCGCACUGUGGUCAGGGAGACAGUGAAGGAGAGCACAGUGAAUGAAGCGAUCACAACAGUGAAGGAAAGCACAGUGAGAGAAGGAAUAACGACAGUGAAGGAGGCAAAUCAAGGCCAGACACUCCUGCUACAGCAGCAACAGCCUGUCUACUACACCACCACCCCUGUCCUGCAGCCCAUGCACUACGUCGUCCAGCCACAGGUUCAGAAUACUGUGCUGCUGACUGAGGCACCAGCCACCAACCUGCAAGGCAUGGUCCUGGUUAAUGGCACCCAGACCAUGCCAGCCCAAGGCAUGGUUGUCCAGGGCCAGACAGUGAUGUCCACUGCACAAGCCCAGGGCCCUGGAGUGGUGCUGUUACAGGGGGGUGGUGUUCCCUCUGGCACCCAGACCAUGAUGGUUGUGGAGGGCAAAGGACCUACAGGUUCUCUGAAAGUGAUCAAGGGAAGCAAGGCCAGCCUUGUGCAGGGGGGAACUUUACCGGCAGGUACACUGUCAGGGUCCCAGAGAGUCAUUGUGGUUGGAGGGGCUACUAGUAGCGAAGGGCAGCUGAUCCAGGAGGCAGGAGGUUUGUCCCCAAAAAUUAGUGUCACUGACACUGAAAGAAUCAGCAGAAGCACAUCUGUUGCCUCUCAGAGCAGUCCAGCUACCAUCAGUUUGAGCCGACCCCCCUCCUAUCGCAAGGUGGUGGUGCAGGAGACGAGAGAAAUCCUCUGAUUGAGACACCGAAAUGACUUUUUAAGUGAUCUAAGACGGCAGUUGUCUUGAGUGGCCCGGUGGGUGAUGGGAUGCUUAUGGGACAUGCAAAUCUGUGUGUAGAGGUGCAGGGCUGGUUCCACAUUCAUAGGUAUUUUCAAAAAAUAGACUCCUUUGGCUCCCUUUCAACUGUAACGUUCAUCUCAAUACUCAAAUCUCGAGAGGGAAAAUGGCACCAGGAAAAUUAUAACUAUACAAUAUAAAUGUAAGCUGCCUGUCGUUAAGUGUUCCAGUGAACUAUCUGACUUCACUCUGCUCCUUCUGCAUUUUACAUUCCUGUCAUGAAGCACUGAAAAACAGCCUUAUGCUGUAACAUGUUUAAAUUUUUUUAACGGAUGCUUUCGGAUGAUUUUGUUAACCUCUGUCUGUGGUGACACUGAAUGUAUACAAAGAAAGCACAUCAACAGUGCAGAUGUUAUUUUGCUGGCACUUGUUAUUUUGACUACUAUUUUCUGUUAUAUAAUAAUGUGUUUUGCAUGAA